UUGCCCACAAUCAACAGUUGUAAUUUACAUCUCAUACCAUAAGCAUCCCAGGCUUCAAUAAAAAUCAAUCGAAGUUAUUUCACAUUAUCACACAAAUUCUAUAGGAUUUUCACAUAUUUUUUCCAAUAUAUUUCCUGGACUAGACUCAAGGUUUCCAGUAUUUUUACCUUAUAUAUAAAUCGUUCCCGCGUUUUCAAGUGUUCUCUUUGAUAUUUUUAUACAACUAAUUUCCUUAUUUGUUUGAGAAAAUUCAACGAGAUUAUUUUUGCAUGAUUUAACUUAUUUCACAAAGGAAAAAAAGGAUAUUGAUAUCAUGGCUUCAUUUUUAUCUUUGAGCAAGAUAAAGAUCUCCGGAUCCGAUUCCCGUAGUGAGACUCAAAGUGAAGUUUCUUCUGCUGACAGUGAAUUGAGUGAUUUACGUUCAAUUGCCAUUCAACUGGGAGUCAGUGUGGAUGAAUUGUCUGUGGAAAGAUUCAAAAUUGAGAGACAAAAAUUGGAGAAUAUGCUUUCAGAUUCAGAAUCACAGGGAGCAAAUAAAGCUGAGAUGUUUUUCCAUUCUAUAAUGGUUGAUACUUCCACAUAUAUAUGCUGGCCUUGCAGAUUGAAAAUUGGCGCCAAGACAAAGAAGGACCCUCAUGUAAAGAUCAUCGGCAAAGCUGAGAAUGUGAUGAAAGCUAAAGAGCGAGUCAUGUGCUCAUUAAACUCACGUGGAAUGAGAGUAACAAUGAAGUUAGAUAUCUCGUACACAGAUCACUCUUUCAUCAUUGGCAAGAGUGGAAAGAUCAUCAAGAAAAUCAUGGAAGAGACUCAGACUCAUAUCCACUUUCCUGACUCUAAUCGUAAUAAUCAGAAUGAGAAAAGCAAUCAAGUUUCCCUCAAUGGUGCUCUAGAAGGUGUGGAAAAGGCGCGUGCGCUUGUGAGAGAAUCUGCACCCCUUGUGUUGCAGUUUGAUCUGCCAAUCAUGGCUCCUAGCCAUCCUGUCCCAGACAAUGAGUCACCGUACAUAAAAGAAGUGCAACAAAGAUAUGAGGUUCAAAUUGCUUUCUCUAAUAAGCCCAAAUUACAUUCAUUGUCAGUGAUUGUAAAGGGCUCUGAGCGCAAUUGCAUGAACGUGAAAAUUGCGACACAGCUUUUAAUUGAUAAAUUUUGCACAAACACAUCAGCACGCAUCGAUGUUAUGCACCAGAUGGAAAUUUCGCCUCAGCAUCACUGUAUAGUAAAGGGAAAAGAUAAUCGUAAUUUACUGCAUAUCAUGGAGUUUACCAGCACAAAAAUCAUCUUUCCGGAUUUGAGUGAUGCAAAUAUACGACCACUCCGGCGAUCGCAAAUUCUCAUCUAUGGUAACAUCGAAGGUGUUUAUUCUGCCAGACAACUACUCUUGGGUAAUUUACCGGUGGCCUUGAUGUUUGAUUAUCCUAACAAUAGCAUCGAUCCUUCGGAUGUUGCUAAGUUAAAUAACUCCCUUGAUGUAUUCAUCACAGUUCGAGCCAAAACACGUCAAAGCACCUUAAGCAUCGUAAUAAAAGGUGUUGAAAAGUACAUGAAUGAUGUUUAUCAGGCACGACAUGAUAUUCUGAAACUGGAUCCACCAUGUAUUCAAGCAUGUAUUCCGGCAAACUAUAUGCUUCAUAUGGAAAAUAAGCGUCUCAUGCAACUACCGGCACUUCUUGCUCUACAUCCUGAGAGCCCGACGCCCUCACCAAUCGGUUAUCUCUCAGAUCGAGGCUCACCUUACACGCUCUUUGAGAAUGGAAGUGGUGUCAAGAGUCGUUACCAGACGAGUCCAAACAAUUUCUACACCUUCUCAUCGAAUGAAUUGACGUCAGUGGCUGGUGAAAACCCAGUGGACACUAAGUACCUCAAUGUGCCGAAUAAUAUUUCACCGAGAAGUGUGAGCAACAAUACUAGUGGAUAUCAAAGUUUCAGCAGCAGCACAAACUCCCUGGACCAUUUAAACAUGUACUCGUCUCUGAAUCACCCACCGAGUGUCAAUUCAUCCCAGGAGAGAAUAUUCUAUGGACAAUCCAGUCGCUGCAGCAGCAGCAGCGGCUAUGGCAGUUCACAAUUUCUCAACACGAGUGACUCACAGUCGUCUAAUAUCAACUAUCAGUUGAAACGCAAUUUUGAUCACAGUCCCAUAUUUGAUUUCAAUUUAAAGAAAUUGGACGGACUUAAAGCCAUGAAAACAUCACCAAUGAUGGGCGAGGUGAGAACUCCAAAUUCAGGAUGGGCUGGCUUAGGCCUAAGUAGGACAUCACCCAUGGUUUCACACGAAGGAAGUUCAGGUGCAUUUGCAUCCAACUGGGAGGAUACCACAAUUGCGUCACCUUAUCAGCUCGGAAAGACUUGUGGUGUUUUAGAUUCAACUCCAAUUCAGCGUAGAGCACAAAUUGGAAAUCAUCCAGAUCUGCAUAGUUUGCUGACAUCUCUCGAUUUGGAGCACUACAUAAGCACAUUUGUCUCAAAUGAGAUAGAUCUUGAGACAUUCUCCUCACUUACUGGGGACGAUCUUACGACAUUGGGCAUAACAGCAUUUGGUGCACGUAAAAAACUCUUGAUGGCAAUUACGGCAUUGGCUGUGUCUGCAAAUAAUUCAACACCGCAUCGUCCAAAAUUCUCGGGAUCUGCGGCCCCAGGUGCUGAACGACGUUCUAAUGGUGUUUAAGUUUAUUUUCACUUUAUACAUGUACCAGCAAAUCUUAUUUCUUUUCUUAUAACAACCUUUCUGAGCAAUUGGAUUCAAUUGACCGGAUUUCAAUUGAAUUUUCACAUUGUCAUAACUAUACUUCUUUAACCCAGUUCCAACAUGUGUUUAGUUAACGCUUUUAGGAUAGAUUGUUUUGGGAUGAUAUUAAUUAUUUUCAUCUUAAAAAAUAAUUUUUGUUACACUUUUUAUGAGUCUCCAGAAAUUACAAGAUUUUGAAAACAUUUAUAAAUUUAUUUCAUAUACAAUUUGUUAUUUAAAAUUCAUUUACUAAAAGUACAGCUGAUUUAUCCCAUUACGAUUUAUAUGUUUAUGAUUCAUAACCAUAUGCUUUGAAAGUAAUGGUAUAUAGUGAAAAGUAUGUUUGACCCUAAUUUCAAAGCAUGUAUCACUUUCACUACACUAUUUGAAUUAAUGUAAUAAUUUAUCACAAAUUUCAGAAUUUAUCUGAUAUUCUUGCAUUCAAAUCCAUUUGAUAGUAAUCAUAUGCUCUUGAUAUUUAUGUUUUAAUCAUACAGUAUAUAAAAAAUGUUAUGAGAAAAUAGCAAAAACUAACUACAUUUUUAAGAAGAAAAAAAAUCCAGUGAAAGAUAAUGUUUCUUCUUUCUAUCAUUAGUGCAAUUAUAUUAAGAUAAGUAAUUAGGUGAAUUAAUUAUUUUCAUUCAAUUAGUAAUCUUUGAAUAUAGCAAUAACAUUUGUCAUUAAAUUGCAAGAAUAAUUGGUAAAUUUUUUACAGUAAAUUUGGUCAAUGUAGUUGAAAUUAUAUAUAUCAUAAAGUGCGUUGAAAACUAGUCCUGUGAUGUAAGAUUCAGUAUCAGUAUUUUAUGAGAGUUGUCUCUAAAAAAUAACGACACAUAUUAUUGAUGAAAUCAAUUCUUUUUGCUAGAUUUUUACUACGCAAAAAAAAUCAGAUUCACAAAACUUAUUAUUACAUUCAUAUUUUUUACUAUAUAGUUUUGUUAUUUAAAAAUUAAUUAGACUAUAAUAAUAUUUUUGAUCGAAUAUGGUAAUAUCUUGCGAAUUUAUAUAAAAUACAAUGCAUGAAAAAUUCUUAAAAUAUCAUGAAAACUAUUUCAUUAUGCAGAAUUUAAUAAAAUGUCAUUUAUUUACCUAA